AUGCAGUGGAGUUUUCUCUUGCUCUGCGCUUGCGUCUCCCUCGCCUCCUCUCCUCCCUCUGUGCCACGCUCUCUCCUCAGUAUCAGGUACAAGCCCGUUGGAUUAGGCUCCUUUAAGAGCGGAUUAGCCGUGUCGGAGCCGUUUGAGGUAAAUUGCAGCGCGGAGACGAUCUCCCCGCACCACCACGCCAGCGGCACCACCUCUUUUCUCCUCCAGAACCAAAAAACAAGUCAAAAUUCACCACAUAAUCUCCCCCCAGAGCUGUGCGCGCCCCGCCUCCCGCUCGGUGCGCCCCGUCAGUCUGUGCCUACUGAUGCUGGAUCGCGCACCCAUUUGGAUAUGCAGCCGGCCGCCCAGAGCCCACACACCAGAGCUGAUCGACAAGUGUGGGAUGUAGCGAUGCAAAAGUUCUGA